CCUGGGUAGAAAAUGUCUUUUAGAGGUAGAGGAGGUGGCGGAGGAGGCAGAGGUGGCUUCAAUCGUGGUGGAGGAGGUGGCUUCAAUCGUGGUGGAGGAGGUGGCUUCAAUCGUGGAGGAGGUGGUGGCUUCAAUCGAGGUGGACGAGGUGGCUUUGGGCGUGGAGGGGGUGGACGAGGAGGCUUCAACAGAGGAUAUGACCAAGGACCUCCUGAAAGUGUAGUUAUAUUGGGAGAAUUCAUGCAUCCUUGUGAAGAUGACAUUGUUUGCAAAUGCACGACGGAAGAAAACAGAGUGCCCUAUUUCAAUGCACCAGUUUACUUGGAUAAUAAAGAGCAGAUUGGCAAAGUGGAUGAAAUAUUUGGACAGCUAAGAGACUUUUAUUUUUCAGUUAAACUGUCAGAAAACAUGAAGGCCUCUUCCUUUAAAAAAUUACAAAAGUUUUAUAUUGACCCAGCAAAGUUAUUGCCAUUGCAAAGGUUUUUGCCUAGGCCUCCAGGUGAGAAAGGUGCUCCAAGAGGAGGUGGGAGAGGAGGACGUGGGAGAGGAGGAGGUAGAGGUGGAGGUGGCUUCAGAGGAGGAAGAGGUGGUGGAGGCUUCAGAGGAGGAAGAGGUGGAGGUGGUGGCCGUGGUUUCAGGGGUAGAGGACGUUAAAAAGUGGAGAUAUUGGCAUCUAACUGCUGAAUUUUCUAGUGGACCUGAAAAGUAAUAAAUUGUU